AUGUUAGACAUCCGCCUAUUCAGAGAGGAAAAGGAUGACAUUGGCAACCCCGAACUCAUUCGUGAAUCCCAACGCCAUCGAUUCGCCAGCGUUGAAGUAGUUGAUGAAGUUAUCAAUCUCGACAAACUAUGGCGAAAGCGUCAAUUCGAUUUAGAGAAUCUCCGAAAAAAUUUCAACAAGUUCAAUAAGGAAAUCUCCAAACUCAAGCGUGCUGGUGAAGAUGCAACUGACCUCAUUGCUCAAUCUGAAGAGACUAAGAAAUCCAUAGCUGAGAAAGAUGUUGAGGUUGCCGAAACUCUAAACAAUUUGAAUUCCAAAUUGGAAUCCAUUGGUAACCUCAUCCAUCAUUCCGUUCCAAUCAGCAAUGAUGAGGCCAACAAUGCCGUCAUUAGAACGUGGGGAGAGAAAAGAGUAGAACCUAAACUAAAGAAUCAUGUGGAUCUCGUUGACCUUCUCGGGAUAGCAGAUUUGAAGAAAGGAGCUGAUGUAGCUGGGGGUAGAGGUUUUUAUCUCAAAGGAGAUGGUGUUCGUCUUAACCAAGCUCUAAUCAACUUCGGGCUUGAUUUUUUGGAGAAAAGGGAAUAUACCUUAUUGCAAACUCCUUUCUUCAUGAGAAAAGAUAUAAUGUCCAAGUGUGCUCAGUUAGCCCAAUUCGAUGAAGAACUUUAUAAGGUAACUGGUGAAGGAGAUGACAAAUAUCUGAUUGCAACAGCAGAGCAGCCGCUUUGUGCAUAUCAUAUAGAUGAUUGGAUCCAGCCUACCCAGCUACCCCUUAGGUAUGCUGGAUAUUCAUCUUGCUUUCGUAAAGAAGCUGGAUCUCACGGUCGAGAUACUCUAGGAAUAUUCCGAGUUCACCAAUUUGAGAAAGUAGAGCAGUUUUGCAUUACCUCCCCAGAAGGAAAUAAUUCAUGGCUCAUGCACGAGGAAAUGCUUAAGAACUCUGAGGAAUUUUACAAGGCGUUGAACAUUCCAUAUCAAAUUGUUUCCAUUGUAUCUGGUGCUUUAAAUGAUGCUGCUGCGAAGAAGUAUGAUCUUGAAGCAUGGUUUCCAGCUUCUCAAACUUACAGGGAGUUGGUAUCCUGUUCAAAUUGUACUGACUACCAGGCCAGAAAGUUAGAAAUUCGAUUUGGACAGAAAAAGAGCAAUGACCCAGUGAAGAAAUACGUUCAUUUGUUGAACUCUACUCUCACUGCUACUGAGAGGACCAUUUGCUGCUUACUAGAGAACAACCAGAAGGAGGACGGGGUAGAGAUACCAGAAGUCCUCCGACCAUUCAUGGGUGGAAAGACUUUCCUGCCCUUCAAGAACAAACCCAAUAACGAAGCCAAAGGGAAGAAAUCGAAGGCUUAA